AUGCAGGCUAAAUCGAUGUUGACCAGACUGAGCAUAAGACUUCCCUUUACCACUUUACGUCAAUUUCCCCUAAGAUGUUUCCCCUUGCAGAGAACUUUUUACUCUGAACUGGCUACUAAGGAACCUUUAAUCAUACCGAAAAGAAUAAUAAAUGAAGCGCCUGGACUUAAUUUAUCGAUUUCCGAAAGAGCUUCGCAGAGACUAGCUGAAAUUUAUCGCGACAGUAAAGAAAAUUUGAGAAUCAGCGUGGAAAGUGGCGGAUGUCAUGGUUUCCAAUACAAUUUAACUCUGGAACCCGCUUCCGAAUCAGAUGAGAAAACCAUUGCCAGAGAUAAGGACAAAGAGUUUUUAAAUGAUCCCGAUGGUGAUGAUUCCAAAGACAUAGUGUAUGUGUUACCCGAAAAUAAGGGUCGGGUAAUCAUUGACAAUAAAUCGUUAGAUAUCUUGAACAAUACUACACUGACAUAUACUAAUGAGUUGAUUGGUUCUUCGUUCAAAAUCAUCAAUGGUAGGUUAAAGAGUAGUUGUGGUUGUGGAAGCAGCUUCGAUAUCGAAAGCUGA